AUGGCAACAGUUCAGGAUGGCUCGCUCUCCACAGAGAGUGAAGCACUCGCGAAGUCCGCCUCGCCGGCCCCAAGCAAAAACGAAAAACUGGACGACGCGGCAGACACCAGCUGUGACGAAGCGGACAGCACGCAUUCACAACCGAUGACCACAACCAGAUCUGCUUCUUCGGCAGCAGAUACCCCUAAAUUACAGCCAACCGCCCUUAGCUCCUCGUCUACCCCAGCCCCGUAUGGCACCCGAUCAAGGAACCGAGUAGGCUUGCCCCGACCUAAUUAUGCCGAAGACCGCGAUCUCGACUUGGACCUCGAGCCUAUAGGCGCUGCAAAGCCCAGCAGCGCCAAAAAGACGUUCUCAACCGGUCAGUCCACCUCCCGAAGCUCUCCAUCUGCCGACAGGCCCGCCGGCGUGAGUACAAGGAGAGCUCGUAACGAUUCAAACUAUGGUUCUUCCACGAAGGAGCCUAUUCCGGGAACAUCGACCUUUUCCGUAAACCCCAAUGUUAUCAACGGGUCCAAAAAGCGGAAACAGCCGGGCUCUGGCGCGACCGCGGUGGGAUCGUCGACACCCACCAGUACGGGCCAAGCGAGCAAAAAAUUCAUUGUUACUCCUUCGGGUUCGGCUGAACUAGAAUGUGCGACAAAUAUGAUGUCGUUUCAUAACUCUCGCGGGUAUUUGAAAAAUGGGAAACUUAAGGCUGAUGAUGGCACAACUUUGGCUCCGAAUGAUCAUGUAUACCUUAUUUGCGAACCGCCCGGCGAACCGUACUACCUUGCUCGGAUAAUGGAGUUUCAGCCUUCUAAGGACGACCCAACUGGCCCUAUUGAGACAGUGCGCGUUAACUGGUACUAUCGGCCGCGCGACAUUCAACGCAGAUCCGUCGACCCACGAAUGGUAUUUGCUUCAAUGCAUUCCGAUACUUGUCCAUUGACGUCACUUCGAGGGAAAUGCCAGAUUUUACACUCAUUUGAAAUCAGCAAUGUAGACGAAUACAGAAAGGGUGAAAACUGUUUUUGGUUUGAUAAGAUGUAUGAUCGUUAUAUUCAACGCUACUACGACGUGAUACCCACCAGCCAGGUCAUUAAUGUCCCUCAACACGUGAAAAAAGUUUUGGAUGAAAGGUGGAAAUUUAUCCUAGUUGAAAGCGGUCGCGCGAAAGAAUUGACAGGCGCUGUCAAGACAUGCAAACGAUGCAGUCAAUAUGCUGCCAAGUAUGACUUCUACGUGUCUUUCUCUUCAUAUAUCCCAUCUAACCUGACUUCUAGUGUCGAUUCCGUAGACUGUGCCGUAUGCCAUCGCACCUAUCAUAUGAAUUGCGUCCGUCCAGUAUUACAGAAGAAACCGGCCCGCGGCUUUGCCUGGGCUUGUGCUGCCUGUAGCCGCGCUCAGGACAAGAAAAUGGAAGCAAGAAAUACGCCAAUCAUAGGCGGAGCGCACCGAGAAGCAGAGCAAGAUGCCUUUGAAGAGGAUGAAGAAGACCCUGCCAUUGUUGCCGAAGCUACACAGCGUAGUAGCCCUUCUGGCAACGACACUGUUGCUCAUAAGGCGACACCUGAACAGACCGCGCAGGCGAAGCUAUGGCCUUUUCGCUACCUUGGACUUCAUUGUCGAGUUGAGGAAGCGCUUGAAUACGACGAUAGAAUUUAUCCUCGAGCUAGUUCAAGAAUUGGCUCCCGUCAUCAAGCUACCAUUCCUCCUUGGUGCGGUCGUCCUAUCGAGUUCGUAAAAGGACCAGAGGUCAAAAAGAAAUAUCUAAAAGCAAAAAAAGAGACCAAACUGUCAAGAGAAGCUGUCGCCGUCAUGGAAGCCGAGAAAGCUGAACGAGCAAAACGGCCAAAGUGGGUGAUGGAUGAGCCUGCUGGUUAUAUACGCCGUGGAGAAGAUCAACCAGUGUCAGUAAAUGGAAAACAAGUUCGCACUGCCGAAACGCUGUUCAAAAUGCCGGAUGCAUCACAGCUUCCAUCCAGAGGAGAAGAUGACGACCCAGGAUCACAACUCAGUCCCGAUGAGCGUGAGAAGCUAAUAGACGAUUACAUGACAGCUGCAAAAGCAAUUGCAUCGUCCAAAGGCAUUGCAGAAUAUUCUACAAAUUUCCUGGAUAAAGCUCUAAGCAUAUUGUGCAAUGAGAAUUACAAUAAAGAUGCAGCUUUAGCCAAGUUAAGUAAAAUUAACCGAUAUGGCGAUCUUAAAGAGCCACACCUGAAACCUGAAGAAGUCAAACUUUUUGAAAGUGGUGUUGCGAAAUAUGGCUCCGAACUUCGCUUGGUUACUAAGCAUGUUGUUUCCGUUCCACAUAGCCAGGUUGUUCGAUUCUACUAUAUGUGGAAGAAAACUCCAAAAGGCCGUCAGAUAUGGGGAAAUUUUGAAGGCCGGCGCAGCAAAAAGGCAAGUAAAAGGUCGGAUAAUGCAAUUGCCAAGUUGGCCGACGAUAUCGCCGAUGACCACGAUGAUUCUGCCUUUGAUAAGGAAAAGGCCGCUAGCAAAAAGCGAGGCUUUGUGUGCAAAUUCUGUUCGACUAAAAGUUCAAGGCGAUGGCGCCGCGCACCGUACGUGCUACCUGGGAGCGUUGCUCCUUCCGAUCCUUCAUGCAGAAAAGACAAAGGAAUCACUUAUGGCGUUGCCCUCUGUCAGCGAUGUGCCUUGCUAUGGAGAAAGUACGCUGUUCAAUGGGAGAGUCCAGACGAAGUUGCAAAACGAAUUGUCCAGGGAGGAUCGAAAUCGUGGAGGCGCAAAUUCGAAGAAGAUCUCCUUACUCAGUUGUUAAUUUACACCGAAUGCGACGUUAGGAUCAAUAGCACGACCGCUAGCACAGCCACGUCUAUUGGAAUCCCCGUAGUGUCGGAUACUGCGAAAGAAAUAGUACCAGAACCACCGAGGAAAAAGGCAAGGACCGAAAAAGACUCGGUUACGCCAGCCAAGGAGCCUUCAGUCGAACUUCCAAAGAAGAAAACGCUUGAGAAAACAGCAGAUCCAUCACAUCUUCUGCCUGAACCCCCCAAGCCCAAAACACUUCCUUGUGCUAUUUGUAAGAAAAUGGAGCCCGGCGGGGACCAGCAUUUAUCCUGUCGAGAUUGCCGCCUGACUGUGCACCGUGCUUGCUAUGGAGUUAGCCCCGAACGAAAUGCUUCAAAAUGGUUUUGCGACACCUGUUCUAAUGACCAUAAUCCGACGAUAUCGACCCGAUAUGAAUGUAUUUUGUGUCCAGUUACGUGGACAGAACAUGAAUUGAUGGAGCCCCCUAAAAUAACCCACAAAAAGAAGAGUGAGCGGGAGCGGGAAAAGGAAAGGUUAGAGAAAGAAAUGGUGGCCGAGGCUAUUAAACUCUAUCGCCAGCGACAAGACGCUGCCGGCAAGCCUGUGGGUCCUCGAGAGGCCUUCAAACGGACAGCUGGGAAUAACUGGAUCCACGUUACAUGUGCCAUUUGGCAUCCAGAGAUUAAGUUCGGAAAUGCCGAUGCAUUCGAGCCCGCAGAAGGGAUGGGACUUAUUCCGCCUGAAAGGUUUUUGGAGACGUGUAAGAUAUGCAAAUCCUCUGUUGGCGCUUGUAUCACCUGUCAGCUUCCUUCUUGCAACGCACGGUUCCAUGUGGGAUGUGCUCACCAGGCAGAGUACCAGUUUGGCUUUGAUAUCACACCCGUGAAAGUCAGCCGAAGGGACUCUGUGAACACCAUGAAACUUGGAGAGGAGUCAGGGGCACCUACGGCUGCCGUGUGGUGUCCGCAUCAUACAAUACCGACAAUUGUUCACGAGAUGAGUGAUCUCUCAGGAAUUGGUGACUUGAAUGCUCUUCAGCUGUACUCUCGGACAUGCAAGCAAGCAGACCUCGCCUUAACUGGUACUGUACGCAAAGCAGCCCAUUUCCAGCAAACCGUUGGAGCUACGAUGAAUGGCACCCAGCAAGCAGCGGCUCGUCGUGCUGUAACCGUAAAUGGAACAGGCCAUGGUCAUGCACGCAAAGAGAGCACUCAUACAUUGGGCACAAACGCGUCGGGAGAGGCGUCGCCCAAACCGGAGCGUCCAUUCAGCCUAAUCGAGGCAAACGGGAACGAGGUGGGCAGCAAAAAUUUGGAAAGUAAGAGCUGCUCUCGCUGCCAGGCCACUGUCAGUCCCAAAUGGUGGCGUCGCCAUGCAAGUCGAGACGGACCGGGAGUCGAUUCAAAUGGCCGCCCCUACGACGGUACUGUGAAUGAACCAGGUCGCAGAAGCUCCAUCCACAAUGUUUCCAAUGGAGUCUUGCUGUACGAAUGCCAUAAAUGCCAUUUCCAAAAGUCCGAAUCACCAACAACUACCCCGGAUGCUCGGCCUUCGCCAUUUGUCGCCGAGCGUGAUUCUGGUAUGCCAACUACCAAGCCACCCGAGUACCCCCAUCACUCUUUUGCACCAUCUCCGCAUAACCCCCAGGCCCAGCCAAACCCUAACUUACAUAUGGCGCCUAUGGCAGCCCGCACUCCGCAUGGCCCAGAUUGGCGACCUGAGUUCGAAAAACGUGAUUAUCCUGCCCCCAUUAUUCGAAAUGGGAUACCCCCUGGGUCUAAUGGAAUUCCACUUCCUCCGAACUUUCAUCCGGGCCCCCCACCGCCGCCUCCCGCCUCGCACUUGAAUGGAUACGCUCCAUCUCUCCCACAUCCCCCUCCGCCAACCCACUACUCCAGCGGUGUGCCUGCUCCCCCUCCGCCCCCUCCUCCACAUGCAUACUCUCCGCGCCAGAAUAUGUUCUCUGCUGUUUCGUCUUCCCCAGCGAGUGGAGCUCCUUUACCCGGAGGAAGCCAUGCCUAUCCUUCUACCUCCCCACCAACAAUGCAUUACUCGCCUCAGAGUCAGAUCAAUAAUUUACCCCAGGGCCCUUCCACUGUUCGAAUGUACCCUGUUGAAAGGACGGCUGCCUCCGCUAUGCCAGCCCCAGCUGCUCCUCGUCCUAGUCUAGACUCUCAGCGCCAAGCUUCUCCAGGAUCCUCUGAGCCGCAUGGGAAAACUACUAAAGCUGAAACAAUCUCGGCUACUGGCACGAAACCUCCAAGCUCUGAGCGUCUUAAUACAGGUGCCCAAUUACCCCCGCCAGCAACCGGAGCAAGUGCAAGUCCAUCGUUAAAAAAUUUGCUUUUGUGA